UUGCCCCCGACCACUUCAACUCUACCAGAGCACAGGACCAUGACGUCACGGGAAUGCUAUUUAAGGACCUGCUUCUGCGAGGGAUCCUUCAGUGGGCGCGGCAGCAGUGCCGAGAUGCAUCGCUCAAAUCCAUUCUUGUUUGCCGUCCAGGUGAGGAAGCGGUUCGGCAAAUCCUUUCGUAGCAGUAAUGUUUGUCUUGUUUUGCUGCCGUGCCCACACGCUUUGCUUGAGUGGUUCUGUGAUCUGUCGAAUUCCUUGCGGUUCCUGUUGUUGCUGGCAGGGGACGUCGAGACUAAUCCUGGGCCCGGGGACAUUACGAUUGAAGAGCAGCUUAAAAUGAUUGCAAAAGACAUCCAAGAGAUAAAGAAUGAAAAACUGGUGACCAAUCAAAAACUUGGAGCGAUAGAUAAAAAGCUGGAAAAAAUAGGCAAAAUGGAAAAGCAGAUCUUGGAAUGCGUAGAAAGGGUUGACAAACUCGAUCACCUGAUACUGUCCUUGACUAAGAAAGUCGACGAAUUAGAUAACAGAGGCCGCAGGUCUAAUCUUGUCGUAUACGGUGUUAAGGAAAUCGAAAAUGAGAGCCCCCAAGAUCUGCUCGAUGCUGUUGAGAAAUCAAUCUUUGAAGAUACGAUAGGAAUAAAAACGGCUGGCAUCGAAAGAAUCCACCGUCUUGGGCGAAAACAAACGACUGAUAAUCCCAAGCACAGACCUGUCAUUUUGAAAUUAUUUGACUACCGGGAUAAAGCUACCAUACUUAGCAAUUGCAGAAAGCUAAAAGGAACUGAAUAUUCAAUUAGUGAGGAUUAUUCGCCUGCAGUAAGACAAAUUAGAAAGAAGCUAUGGGAAAGAACGAAAGUACAUCGAGACCAGAAAGAGAAAGUUUUUUUGUCCUACGAUAAAGUCAAAAUAAAUAAUCGCCUAUACGCCUGGGAUGAUCAAGCGAAAGACAUAGUGGAAGUUGCAAAAAACGAAAGCAUGCACAACGGUCCAGCCACGCGAACUCGAAACCGCCGUCGACCCUAGUUGUUCUCAAUGUUAAUGCGCGCAGCCUCUUGAACAAAAUCGAACAGCUAGAGGCGAUUCUGAUCGCUCUUGAACCUGACAUUAUCUGUGUGACUGAGACAUGGCUGCACGCUGACAUCGCAAACCAUGAAGUAGCCCCUCCGGGCUACUCCAUUGUCCGAAAAGACCGAACAACUAGAGGUGGUGGUGUUGCUUUGCUCAUUAGCCAAGGCAUAAAUUACUCAGUGAUGCCAGAUGUCCCUGGUGUGGAGGCGGUCUGGUGUAGAAUUCAGCUGGGCCAGACCCACGUCUAUGCUGGCGCCGUCUACAGACCACCCCAAGCCGAAAUCUCGUAUCUCGAGCAGCUUCUAGAGUACAUGUAUCAACACAUGCUGGGGAACGCCAUAAUAAUGGGAGGAGAUUUUAAUCUUCCAGAGAUUAACUGGGAGUCGCUGAGCCCAUCCAAUGUAACAAAUAACACCUUGCUGAGCUUUCUGUUUACCUUCAACCUGACCCAAAUAGUA